GCAAGUGGGAAGGGGUGGGGAGCGCGGAGAGACUGGAACAGCGCAGGAGUAACGGGGAAAUGGUGCAGGACUCCAGGGACCAGCAACUCACGGGAGAAACCGUAGCCGGAGAUUAGAGCCAGCCAGGAAAACGGGAAUCCAACAUAGAGAGUUCCCUCUCGCUCCCUGGCCGUCGCAUCCUCUCCCUCGUUCGUUCUCUGUCCUGGAGGGUCAGAGAGAGAGAGAGAGAGAGAGAGAGAGAGAGACAGAGAGAGAGAGAGGGGGAAAGAGUGUGUUUGUGAGAGAGAGAGAGGGGGAGAGAGAGAGAGAGAGAGAGAGGGAAAGAGUCAGAGAGAGACAGAGAGUGAGAGAGAGAGAGAGAGAGACAGAGAGUGAGAGAGAGAGUGAAAGAGAGAGAGAGAGAGACGGAGAGGAGCGUCGAGCAGUCUACGGCAUCCCCGAAUUCGUUCUCGUCGAACGCUCGCUCCCGGGACGAUGGUGAGGUGGUUCCACCGGGAGAUCAGUGGGACAGAGGCGGAGAAGCUGCUGAAGACCAGGGGGGUACACGGCAGCUUCCUGGCCCGACCGAGCAAACAGAACCCCGGCGAUUUCUCCCUGUCAAUACGGGUGGGAGACCAGGUGACUCACAUUCGGAUCCAGAACACGGGGGAUUACUACGAUCUGUAUGGGGGGGAAAAGUUCGCCACGCUGUCCGAGCUGGUCCAGUACUACACCGAGCAAGAGAAUAUCCUGCAGGAUAAAGAUGGCACCAUCAUCGAUCUCAAAUAUCCCCUCAACUGCUCAGACCCGACCAACGAGAGCCAGCACCUCCUGGAACAAGCCGAGGUGAAGGCCUCCAACCUCCAGGGGCAGUGUUCCUCGACGAAGCAGAGACUGGAGAGGGUCACCCUCGAGAGGGACAUGGCCGUUCGGGAAAUGGAGGAACUGAGGGGCUCCCUAUCCAAGGCGGAGCAGUCGACGGCGGAACUCAGCGCGUCCCUCGGCCGAUCGAGGGCGGAGGAGGCUGCCUCGAGGGACUCCCUCGCCAAGAUGGCCGCCCUGAGCGAGGCGCUGGCUGAGGACAAGGAGGCGCUGGGCCUCCUCCUGCGGGCGGCGGAGGGGGAGGCGUCCUCGGCGAGGGAGAGGGCCGCCGAGGCGGAGCGGAGGUCGGCCGAGCUGAGGGAGCGCGGCCUGAGGGACCAGGCCGAGGGCGAGGGGACGAGGCAGGCGCUGCGGCGAUGCGAGGAGGAGAGCGGGAGGCUGAGGGCCGAGGCGGAGCGGCUGAGGGAGGCGCUAGCGGAGUGCAGGGAGCAGGCCAAGGAGGUGGCCAGGGAGAGGUCAGACGUCACCCGGUGCCUAGAGGAGUGCCAGGAGGUGGCACGUGCCCAGGAGGAGACGUUGGCGCUGCGGAAACGUGAGAUGGAGGAAUUGGCGAGGGAGAAGGCCGCGCUGCUGGUGCAUCUGGAUAGCGCCGAGCGGGACAUGGAGAGGCUGCGAGGCGAGAUGGAGGAGUUCAGAGGCGCCAAAGAAUCGCUGGAGAGCGCGCUAUUCGACAGCGGGAGGCAGGUUAUGGAGGCAGGCACCCGGCUGAGACAGCUGGAGGCUGAGGUGGAGACGUUACAGCAGGGGAAGGAGUCUCUGCACGCGGAACUGAGUCGCGUCCACAGUGAAUUCCGAGAGGAACAGGCGGGUCUGCAACGGGAGAAGGAAUUAUUACAGAGGGAAAUGCUCCAAGCUGAGGAAAAGACGCAGAACCGAGUCCACACUCUACAACAAAGUCACGAGGAGGAACUGAAACAACUCAGGGAGGAGAAGAGAGCCCUACACCAGAGGAUGCUGGAGGAACAGGCGGAGGCAAUUGCCCAGGUCCAGACCGAGCUGAGCGACUGUGGGAGGCGUCACGAGGAGCAGAGGGAGGAGCUCAGGAAAACCAUCACCAGGCUGCAGGAGGAGAAGGAGGGUCUCAGGAGAAACGCUGAGGCCCAGCAGCAAGAGUUACGCUCAGAAUUCGAAACUUCGACGGCCGCACUGAGCCAGAAACUCAAAUUAACGCAACGCGAACUCGCGGCGGUACGGGGAGAAUUCAUGAAACAGUCGGUGGAACUUCAAGACGCCAGAGACCAGGGGAAGACAGCGCUGUCUGGACUGGAGACGCAGUUGAGGGAGUGUCGGUCACAACAGGAACGCGCAGAGAUCGAGCUGGACUCCGAAAGAUGUGCGGCAGCUGAGAGAGAAUCACGACUGAACACCGAGCGGGAGUGUUUACAGCGAGAGCUGGAGGAUGCCCGUUCCGCGCGGGCACUUGCGGAGGACAGUCAGCGGGUCUUGAGUGCGGAACUGGAGCAGACCCGCGUCCGCGCCUCGCAGGAGGAGGAGAGGAGGCGAGGGGCGUCGAGGGAGGUGGAGGAGGCGCGGAGGGCCCUCACGGAGCAGCGGGCCGAGGUGGAGGAGGCGCAGAGAGAGGGCGCCUCGGCGAGGGAGAGGCUGCGGGCGCUGGAGGGCGAGCUGGUCAGUCUGAGAGUGACCCUCGAGGACCGAGUGAAACAGAUCUCCCUCCUCGAGGGCUCCCUCAGUAAUUCCCAAUCCGAGGUGACCGAACUCCGAGGGGAGCUCCGUGAGGUGGAGAAAUCACGCCUCGAGGCAAGGAGGGAGAUUCAGGAACUCCGCAGACAGUUGACGCUCUCCCAGGCCGAGCUGUCCUCCUGUAAGCAGACGCUGUCCCGCGUGGAGGCCGAGGCCCAGAGGAGGGAGGAGGAGGUGCAGACCCUCUGGAGGAGGCUGGAGGAAGCCCGGAGGGAGGGACAGGACGCAGACCGCAAGGUGUCGGAGGGCGUGAGGAGUCUCCAGGAGGCGAUGGAGGAGGCGAAGGCGAGGGAGGAGGCGCUGAGGGAGCAGCUGGAGGAGGCCCGGCUCUCAGAGCGGGCCCGCCGGGAGGCCGGGGAGCGCCUGGCAGCGAGGCUGGAGGAGGAGGCGCACGAGAAGGCUUCGCUAGGCCUCAGGCUGGGGCAGGCCGAGGGCAGGGCCCGGGGACUGGAGCUGGGCCUCUCUCGGGCCGAGGGGCAGCUCUCCCAGGCCUGGGAGCAGCUGCGGGCCCUGGCUUCCACCUUCCGGAAGAGCCUGGGGCUGGAGUUAGGCUCCGAGGCCUACCACAGCCCCUCCAAGGGCUUCCAGAGCCCAAUCAGAUGGUCAGGUUCCAUCACAGACUCGGCGAGUGGCUCCCUCUCCCCGGAUCGCGGCAAUUCGACCGGGGGAGGCGGCGCAGAGACAGGCCUGGCCGAGGCGGUAGAGGGAGCGCUGGAGGCCCUCCUGGACGGGCUCCACCAAUCACGGGCUGAGAAGGAGAUGGCAGUGACAGAAGGCCGCAGGCUGAGGGAGCGUGUGCAGAGGCUGGAGGAGGAGAGGGAACACUCGGCUGAUCGACUGCAGAAGCUGCACACCAAGGUGACGGAGACUGAGGAGGGGUUACGUGUUGCCGGGGAGCGGUUAGCGGAGGCGCAGCGUUCCCUCGCCCUCCAGGACCAGACUUUGCGCUACAACACGCAGGAGCGAGCGGCCCUUCGGGACACCAUCCAGGAACUGGAGCUGACCCUGAAAACCGCACAGCAAGAUCUCACAGAGAGUCAGGCCAAAACGCGGAGGGCCCGUCUCGCCAAGGAGGAGGCCGAAGCCGAGGCGCGGAGUACCCUCCAGGCCCUGGAGGAGGCCCGAGCCGAGGUGGACACCUCUUCCCUCGCCCUGCUGCGGUUGGAGGGCGAGCUGCGCACAGUCCGAUCCCAGCUGGAAACCCUGGAAGGCCAGGCCGGCCUGGACGAGGAGAACGUGGGCCUGAAGAGGGCGCUGAGCGAGGCUGAGACGGAGGCCCGGAGGGUGAAGGAGGCGGCAGAAUCGAGGGCUGAGGAGGCGCGAGGGGUGGAGGCGGAACUGAGGCGCAGGCUGGAGGCGGAGGAGACAAGAUGUCAGGAGUUACGCGCUCAGUUGGAGAGACAGGCACAGGAGCUGCGCGAGGUCCGGCAGAGGGCGGACGCUGAUGCAGAGCGAGCGAGCUCCCUCGAGGGAGAGCGGGGUCUGGUCCAGGAACGUCUCCAAAGCCUGCAGCGAGCGGUCGCUCAGUGCGAGACCGAGAAGGCGGAGUCCGAGCGAGCUGCCCUCCGGCUCGAGAGGGACCGAAUGGCCGCCCGGAGGGGCCUGGAAAAGGCGGAGGGACAGAGAGCGAAGAUGGAGACCACCCUCCGACAAGUCACGCAGGAGAGAGACCGACUGAUACAGAGCGUGUCAGAGAGAGAGAGGGAGCUCCGCGAGAGCAGGAGGGAGCGAGAGGAACUGGGGACGCAGUUGACUGAGUUGAACAGGAAAGGCGAGGGACUGAAAGCGGACUGCUCCCGGAUUUCCGAACUGAAGGGGGAGAUCGAUUACCUCCGAGUCUCCAACCGCCAACUGGAAACCGCCCUGGAGUCCCGAGAGAGGGCCCAUCGGCAGAGGGUGAAGGGGCUGGAGGAACAGCUCUCGGAGCUGCGUUCCCAGCUCUCCUCGGAGUUCCGUCAGAGGGCGGAGUACGUCUGUCUCUCCUCCCGCACCUCGUCCGGCCUGAGGGAGCUGCGCCGGGAGCUGGCCGACUCCCUCUGGGCAGUGACGGCCGACCCUGACCUCUCCUCCCUCCCCUCGGAGACCCAGCGCCUGGACCUCUCCCUCAGCCGCAGUCUGAGGGAGUCCCCGGGGGGUAGGCGGCACCCGCACAGUCCGAUCCCGGCCCGGGAGCCCCUUCCCUGAGGAGGGAGAGAGGAGAGAGAGGGAGAGGGAGAGGGAGAGGGAGGGAGAGGGGGAGAGAGGGAGGGAGGGAGAGUGAAGGAUGGGGCAGGGGCUUGAUGAAUUGAGGGGAGGUAUACACAGUCUCUCCAUCCAUCUCUCUCUCUCUCUCUCUACAAGACUGUCACAUUCUCUCGCUCUCUCUCCCCUCUCUCGUUCUCUCCAUUCCUUUCUCUCUCCCUCUGCCGUCCCAUCUCUCCCUCCAUCCCUCUCUCUCCAUCCCCUUCUCCCUCCAUCCCCCAAUCUCUUUCUGUUCAUCCCUCUCUGUCUCUCUCUCCAUCCCUCACUCACUCAAUCUCUCGAUCCCAACCUCUCUCCAUCCAGCCCUCUGUCUCCAUCCCUCUCUCUCUCUCUCUGCAUUCCCCCUUUCUCCAUCCCCCACUCUCCCUCUUUCUAUCCCUCCCUCCUCUCUCUAUCCCUCCUCUCUCCAUCCCUCCUCUCUCUAUCCCUCCUCUCUCCAUCCCUCGCUCUCUGUCCUUGCUCUAUCUCCGCCCCUCACUCUCUCUCCAUCCCCCUCUCUCUCUCUCUCUCUGCAUCCCUUCCCUCCCUCUCUCUCUCUCUCUCCCCUCGAACCUCUCACUUUGCCUGAGACAGGGCCGAAGGAUGGGGGUUGGGGAGGGGGGGGGAUUUUAUCCCAGUUUGGACAGACAACGCCCCCCUCCCCCCUCCAAACCCUGCUCCCUCCUCCACUAACACAGUAUUAACCAAACCCCGAUAUCUCCAGGAGGCAGUCGCUGGUGUCGUAGGGGGAGUGACAGACCAAAGAGGGGGGGUAGUAGAUGAGGGGCUGAAUCUUACCCUCAUUCAACCCUCCCGUUAGCCCCCAGGUCACCGUCCCACUCCAGGACCGGCUGCUGGACUCAGAAUCGCUAUUAUUUUUGUAACGUGCUCAUCCGAGGAAGGAGUCACUAACUAUAUUUUUUAUUUCCCCCCCCCCCCACCUCGCGAAAUAAAAC